AUGGCUUCUCAGUCCUCUUCAGGUUUCUUGUUUCUGUGCUUACUCUCUUCACCCUUUCUCUCAAAUGCAAACACUAACGCAAAGCUCGGGUUCACCAUGGAUCUGAUCCACCGUGAUUCGCCUCAAUCUCCUUUCUACAACCCGUCAGAGACCUCGUUCCAGCGUACAAGAAACUCUAUCCGCCGAUCCAUAAACCGUGUUUCCCAUUUCUCGGCCAAAGAUGCAUCAACUGAGAUCACCUGGAGUAGCGGUGACUAUCUCAUGAGUGUAUCCCUAGGAACACCUCCGUUCCCAGUCAUGGCGAUUGCUGACACAGGAAGCGAUCUCAUCUGGACGCAGUGCAAACCUUGCGAUGAAUGUUACGAGCAGGCCGAUCCUCUCUUUGACCCUAAAGAGUCUUCUACAUACAGAGAGGUUUCUUGCUCCUCAAGCCAAUGUGAUUCUCUCCAAAAUGACGGAACUUGUUCAAGCAAAGACAGCAGCUCUUGCUCUUACGCUGUAUCUUACGGGGAUAACUCAUACACAAAGGGUAAUCUCGCUACCGACACCUUAACGCUUGGCUCGAACAAUAACCGCCCCGUGCAGCUCAAAAACAUUGUCAUCGGAUGUGGUCACAGCAACAAUGGAAAAUUCAAGACAAAGGACGCUGGAAUCGUCGGACUUGGUGGUGGUCCACUUUCGCUCAUUUCGCAACUCGGCGAGUCAAUCGAUGCAGGUAAAUAUUUCUCAUACUGUUUGGUCCCUCCAUCUUCAGAAAAUGGUGUAACGAGCAAGAUCAACUUCGGAACCAAUGCUGUUGUGUCGGGAACGGGAGCUGUCUCAACUCCUUUGGUCACGAAAGCAGUACCGUCCUACUAUCACCUAACCCUAGAAUCCGUUAGCGUGGGAAGCAAGAAUUUCAAAUACCCAAGCUCAGAUUCUGGAAAUAUCAUCAUCGAUUCGGGAACAACUUUGACACUCUUACAACCCGGAUUUUACUCCGAAGUCGAAGCUGCGGUUGCGUCUUCAAUCAAUGCUGUGAGGAAAAAUGAUCCAGAGGACGAUUUGAGUCUGUGUUACAGCGCAGACACGGAUCUGAAAGUUCCAGACAUUACGUUUCAUUUCGAUGGAGCAGAUGUGAAGCUAGACGUUACCAAUUCCUUUAUAAGACCCUCAAAAGAUUUGUUUUGUUUUGCCUUCCAUGGGAGCGAGGACACGGCCAUUUACGGGAAUGUGGCACAGAAGAACUUUCUUGUUGGAUAUAACACCGUUUAUAAAACGGUGUCAUUUAAACCAGCAGAUUGUGCAACGCUCUAG